AUGGAAGCCGGAGGACAAAGGAGCAGAUGGGAGUACUGGUGGAUUGCUUUGUGUUUCUCUUUUCUGCUGGGCUUCGGGCAGCAGGUUUCAACCCAAAUAAGAUACUCUAUUCCAGAGGAGGUAAAACAGGGAUCUGUUGUGGGAAAUGUUGCGAAGGAUUUGGGUCUUGAUGCGAAUACCCUGGUGGACAGGCGGUUUCGUAUCGUCUCUGGAUCUAAAGAAGCUCUUUUCCAGGUAAAUCAAAACAAUGGCGAAUUGUAUGUUGAUAAGAAAAUCGACAGAGAGGAGGCAUGUGACGGAAAUAGCGUGUGCUUGAUAAAUCUGAAAGUCGCCGUUGAAAAUCCACUUGAAAUACAUUAUGUUGGAGUAGAAAUCACAGACGUGAAUGACCACAGUCCUCGUUUCCCCGAGAAAGAACAGCAUUUUGAAAUUUCGGAAAGCACUGUUGUAGGCUCACGUUUCGAACUUCAAACUGCACGAGAUCCUGACAUCGGAAGCAAUACUAUUAGACUAUAUAAACUGGCAAAGAACAAUUACUUUGAGCUCGAAAUGAGAGACGGUGACGAAGAGGAUAAAUAUCCAAUUUUAGUCUUACUGAAACCUUUAGAUAGGGAACAAAAUUCAGAGCAUAGACUUGUGUUAACUGCAUUAGAUGGAGGCAUACCCCCAAAGUCUGGCACCUUAAAUAUUAUUAUCACUGUUCUUGACACCAACGACAACCGCCCUGUGUGUAGCAAAGAUAUUUAUUCUGUAACUCUUCCAGAAAACACGGCAGUAGGAACAAUAAUAGCUCGAGUUAACGCAACUGAUUCUGAUCAGGGUUUAAAUGGGGAGGUAAUUUACACGCUUGGUAAAACUAGUAGACGAAAAGUGCAUGAAAUAUUUAGCCUUGAUAGUGUCACCGGUGAAAUUCAGAUCAAAGAACCAAUUGAUUUUGAGGAGAACGAGAUACAUAGGUUGACCGUCCAGGCAACGGAUAAGGGACAACCGCCAAUGACCACUGACUGCAGAGUCAUUAUUAAGAUCUCGGACGAGAAUGAUAAUAAUCCGGAGAUAGACGUGACGUCACUUUCGAACGUAAUUCCUGAGGAUUCCAAAAUCGGAACCGUAAUCUCUUUGAUUAGUGUAUCAGAUAAAGACACCGGUGUUAAUGGUAAAGUUGUUUGUAGUCUUUCAGACAAUGUUCCGUUCGAGUUAAAGCCAUCUGUUCAGGAAAAUAUGUAUUCUUUAAUUACUAAAGAGCGCUUGGACAGAGAACUUGUCUCAGAUUAUAAAAUCAAAAUUAAAGCAACUGAUCUGGGUCAGCCGGCUCUUUCUUCUUUUAAAACUUUUAUAGUGCAGGUGGCUGAUGUAAAUGAUAACAAACCAGAGUUUAUCAAAAAUUCCCUCGAGCUCUAUUUGGCGGAAAACAACACGCCUGGAGCAUCAGUAUUCUCCGUGAGCGCGUCAGACAAGGAUCUUAAUGAAAAUGCAGCGAUCUCAUAUCAGAUCGUUAGAGGAAAUGGAACAGAGAGUGAUAUGGCUUCCUUCCUCAAUAUUAACCAUGAAACAGGAGUUAUUUAUGCGCUUAAAAGUUUUGACUUUGAAACUAUAAAAACGUUCCAUUUCCAAGUUGUUGCUACAGACUCUGGAAGUCCAUCUCUGAGCAGUAACGUGACAGUGAACGUGUUUAUUCUGGAUCAGAACGACAAUGUUCCAGUGAUCUUAUAUCCAGUCAGUGCUAACGGUUCUGCUGAGGGUGUGGAGGAGAUUCCCCGCAAUGUGAACGCAGGUCAUUUGGUGACUAAAGUCAGAGCCUAUGACGCAGAUAUCGGAUACAAUGGCUGGUUAUUAUUUUCACUGCAGGAAGUUAGUGAGCACAGUCUCUUUGGUUUGGACCGCUAUACAGGACAGAUAAGAACCCUUCGCUCAUUCACAGAAACAGACGAGGCCCAGCAUAAACUGGUCAUACUGGUCAAAGACAAUGGGAACGUGUCACUCUCAGCAACAGCGACUGUGAUUGUCAAAGUUGUGGAGCCCAAAGAGGCUUUUGCAGCUUCUGAUGUGAAAAACGCAGUAAAAGACGAGGAGGAAAACAACGUGACAUUUUAUUUGAUCAUCACUUUGGGCUCGGUUUCAGUGCUUUUUGUCAUCAGUAUCAUCGUGUUGAUUGUAAUGCAGUGCUCCAAAUCUACAGACUAUUCAUCCAAGUAUUUACAAGAGGCAAAUUACGACGGGACUCUGUGUCACAGCAUCCAGUACAGAUCUGGAGACAAACGGUACAUGUUAGUUGGACCCAGAAUGAGUAUUGGAUCUACUAUAGUCCCGGGCAGUAAUGGGAAUACUCUAGUGAUACCAGAUCGCAGGAGGAGAGAUUCUGGAGAGGUAAGAGCUAACAUUAUAUUGAAUCUAGCACUUUUUGGCCCAUUUUCAUCAGAGCUCUGCAUAUUUUUAAUGUAG